CCUCUUUUCCCCUCCCCCUUCCUCGUUCUCCUAAAAAGUCAACGAUGGCAGCCGGGGUGCUUUACACUUAUCCGGAAAACUUCCGCGCUUAUAAGGCGUUGAUCGCCGCACAGUACUCCGGGACAGAUCUAAAAAUUGCUCCCAAUUUCGUGUUCGGUGAAACCAACAAGUCCGCAGAAUUCCUGAAAAAAUUCCCUGCAGGGAAAGUGCCAGCCUACGAAAGUGCUGAUGGAAAAGUACUGCUGACAGAAAGCAAUGCCAUCGCUUACUAUGUAUCAACCGCGGCGAUGCGUGGCGCGGACAACGCGACAGCGGCGCGCAUCUUACAGUGGGCCUCGUGGGCUGACAGCGAGCUACUGCCUGCUUCCUGUGCGUGGGUCUUUCCCUACCUCGGCAUAAUGCCCUUCAACAAACAGAACGUAGAGCGCGCGAAGUCGGACCUGCUCGCGGCUCUGCGGCUGCUCGACGCGCAUCUGCUGACACGCACUUUCCUCGUGACAGAGCGGGUCUCACUCGCAGACAUCAUCGUCUUCACCACACUCCUACACGCUUUCCAGUAUGUACUGGAACCGAGCACGCGCGCAUCCCUGGCGAAUGUACAGCGUUGGUUCCUGACGUUGUCGCAGCAACCACCUGUCGCGAAGGUGCUGGGCCCUGUCACCCUCUGCGCCGCCGCGCCCGUUUAUGACCCCAAGAAAUUCCAGGAGCUCUCACAGAACAAGAAGGAUGGUGGUAAGAAGGACAAGAAGAUGGAGAAGAAGGAACAACCUAAGAAAAAGGAAGAGAAGCCUGCACCCGCGGAGCCUAUCGAAGACUUCGACGAAGGACCCAAGGACUCAAAGGACCCUUUUGAUUCCCUGCCCAAGGGGACGUUCAAUAUGGACGACUUUAAGCGCUGCUACUCUAACGAGGAUGAAGCCAAGUCCAUCCCUUACUUCUGGGAGAAGUUCGACCCGGAGAACUACUCCAUCUGGUAUGCAGAGUACAAAUAUCCGCAAGAGCUCGCCAAGGUGUUCAUGAGCUGUAACCUUAUCACAGGCAUGUUCCAGCGGCUAGACAAAAUGCGCAAGCAGGCGUUCGCGUCUGUGUGCCUGUUCGGCUCUGACAACGACUCGACUAUCUCGGGCGUGUGGGUGUGGCGUGGCCACGACCUGGCCUUCCAGCUGUCGCCCGACUGGCAGAUCGACUACGAGUCGUAUGACUGGCGUAAGCUCGACCCCGCCUCCGAGGAAACUAAACAGCUUGUGCAACAGUACUUCUCGUGGACCGGCACGGACAAGGGCGGCCGUCCCUUCAACCAGGGCAAGAUCUUCAAGUGAGCCUUUUUACAACGAUAAGAAUGAAUAAACGCUGCAUUUAUUUAAUGUCC